CUUCCGUUACGUUUUACAGUGUCGGGUGGAGUCUACAUCCCGUCGCAUCUCUGCAGGGAAGGACAAGAAAUUUUUUUUUUUCGUUAGUUUUUCACUGACUGUUUGUCACCACCGAGGCACCGAAAUACCCCAUAAAGAUGACGACGACCACCACCUUUCAAGGAGUGGAACCUGGUGCUAAAAGCAGUUCCAGGGUACUACGACCGCCAGGCGGGGAAACCAGCUUCUCCUUUGGCACAGAUGACAACACGACCCCCCAGCGCAAGAGCAAGAUGGCCUCCAACAUUUUUGCAGAACCUGAUGACCCCCAUGCUCAUCGGAGGAACAAUCCACCCACCGGAGCAGCCGCAGGGACUUUGUGCGGGGAGCCCUCAGCCCCACUGAGACGGUGCCAGCAACCUCUUCUGUUUCCCAAGAACCCUCAGCCGGAACUGACCACUAUCCACAACUCCGGGGCAGCCAUGGUGUGGAACCAGAGACGAGAGGUUGAAAAUGGCCAAGAACAAGCAAAUGAUGAAAAUCCUGAAAAUUCGGAGAUGGAGCCAGUGGAGACUGAUCAGCAGGAGACGCCACAGCCCUCUGCCCCGUCGGGAGGUGACAACAGUGCUGCAGGCAACCGAAGAAACCCACCCGGUGGCAAGUCCAGCCUCAUCCUGGGUUGAGACUGCUCCUUUUUUUUUUUUUUUUUUUUUUCAUUUGAGCGCUUUUUUAUUUUUUAAAAAAUAAAUACCCUCACGACUCUCUUCCUACUCAUCAACUUGUCACUUCCUCCCUUCUUCACAUGCACUCAUGCCAUCAUGUCCAUGGACCUCUGUGUCCUCUCCUUCCACCCUCAAACCUUUUGUUUUGAUCCUUUUUUCUAUUAAAAGAAGAAAAAAACUGUUGACAAAAGCACUUUAUGUAUCUCCCCCUCUUUUCCAUUUCAGCCCAUCCUGUAGUGCAUCACGCCUGCUGGAAAAGGCAUGACAUUCUGCUUGUCUCUCAUUCUUCCCUGUUGUAAAUGGUAAAGGAAAAAAUAAUAAAAAAGAUUUGAUGCGUGGAUUUCUAAAUACAAUAAAGAUUGAUAUGAAUUUGC